AUGGGAGACAUGGGGGAUCCGCCGAAAAAGAAGCGGCUGAUAUCUCUGUGCGUGGGCUGCGGGAACCAGAUCCACGACCAGUACAUCCUGCGGGUCUCCCCGGACCUGGAGUGGCACGCCGCCUGCCUCAAGUGCGCCGAGUGCAACCAGUACCUGGACGAGUCCUGCACGUGCUUCGUCCGGGACGGAAAGACUUACUGUAAACGGGACUACAUCAGGUUGUACGGCAUCAAAUGCGCCAAGUGCAACAUCGGCUUCAGCAAGAACGACUUCGUGAUGCGGGCCCGCUCCAAGGUCUACCACAUCGAGUGUUUCCGCUGCGUGGCCUGCAGCCGGCAGCUCAUCCCGGGCGACGAGUUCGCGCUGCGGGAGGACGGGCUCUUCUGCCGGGCCGACCACGACGUGGUGGAGCGGGCCAGCCUGGGCUCCAGCGGAGACCCGCUCAGCCCGCUUCACCCAGCCAGGCCGCUGCAAAUGGCAGCAGAGCCAAUCUCAGCGCGGCAGCCAGCACUGCGGCCCCACGUUCACAAGCAGCCGGAGAAGACGACGCGCGUGCGGACGGUGCUCAACGAGAAGCAGCUGCACACGUUGCGGACGUGCUACAACGCCAACCCGCGGCCCGACGCGCUCAUGAAGGAGCAGCUGGUGGAGAUGACGGGCCUCAGCCCGCGCGUCAUCCGCGUGUGGUUCCAGAACAAGCGGUGCAAGGACAAGAAGAGGAGCAUCCUGAUGAAGCAGCUGCAGCAGCAGCAGCCCAACGACAAGACGAACAUCCAGGGAAUGACGGGCACCCCGAUGGUGGCGGCCAGUCCGGAGCGGCACGACGGCGGCCUCCAGGCCAACCCGGUGGAGGUGCAGAGCUACCAGCCGCCCUGGAAGGUCCUCAGCGACUUCGCCCUGCAGAGUGACAUCGACCAGCCAGCCUUCCAGCAACUGGUCAGCUUCUCGGAAGGAGGACCGGGUUCGAACUCGACGGGCAGCGAGGUAGCGUCCAUGUCGUCCCAGCUUCCAGACACGCCGAACAGCAUGGUGUCCAGCCCCAUCGAGGCCUAG